AUGUGGAAAACAAACGUAAAAGUGACUUUGUUUCUGCUUGUAGUUUUAAAUUGUGUAAACGGACAAGGAUUAGAACCAUCGGUUCCAUUUAAUCCUAACUAUCCUCAGUCUUAUCAACCAAACAGUAACCAAAAUGGCUCUUCAUAUCGUCCAAAUCAGCAAGUACCUUACGGAAGUAUACCAGUAAACGGUAAUGAUUUUAAUCGAAUACCUCAGAGUUCAUUUUAUCAAGACAGUCCUAACUCAGAUAUAUAUGGUCAUGGAGAUAACGAUGUUGAUCCCCAAAGCACUGCAAAUUACUACGCUGGACUAGAUUAUGAAGAACGAUACCGAUGCCCUCCUAAUUGGAUUCGUUUUAGAGAGUCGUGCUAUCGAUUCACAAAAUCUCCGGAUCGUCCUCAUAAUGAAGCUCGCAAAAUUUGCCAAGCAUAUGAAUCUGAUCUAGCAUCAGUAAACAGUCCAGAAGAGCAUGGUUUUAUUAUUACUACUUUGAUGCAAAUAGAUCCUCAAAAAGGAUCUUGGUAUAUAGGAGCUCACCAACAAACUCCAGGAUAUUGGUCUAAUGAAGGUGAUGGCUCACAAUUGACUGGUCUAGAAAAUGCAUUUUUUGAUGAUAGAAAGUUGAUUUAUACUAGUUAUAAUAUAUUGCCUCGAGAUUAUUUAGUAUACAGAUUUUCUCAUGAAGAUGGCCGUUGGGGAUUAGCACCUAUUGAAGGUACACAAUACUUUCACUUUAUUUGUGAAGGGCAAACACAGAGAUUACAUUAUCUUAUAGAAGAAGAGCGUUCUUUCACAUAUGGGCUUGAUACAUUUGAUCCAGAAUAUAUACCAAGAGGCCCAUAUUUUGUAAAAGAACCAGUUGAUACAAUUUAUGAUCCUUUAAGAAAUCAUUAUGUGCAGUUGACAUGUAUAGCUGGAGGUUAUCCUGCACCAACUUAUAAAUGGUUCAGGGAGGAUUAUAAAGUUGAUAGUCCUGUAUAUACUGAAAUAGAUCCACUGUCAGAAACAAGGUUUGUCUUAAGUGGAGGUACUUUAAUGAUAUACAAUCCGGAUUCUGAUAAAGAUAAUGCUAAAUAUCACUGCACAGCAACAAAUAAAUUUGGAGUCAUACGUUCAGAAUCUGUGAGACUAUCCUUUGGUUUCAUUAGAGAAUUCAAUCAGAAAAGGUCUGUUGAGAGUGGCAAACAAUAUUGGGGUAAAGUUAUGCAUUGUGAUCCACCAUCAUAUUAUCCAUCUGUCAAUUUCUUGUGGGCUCGAAACUAUUUUCCUAAUUUAGUAGAAGAAGAUAAGCGUGUAUUUGUGUCAUAUGAUGGUGGCUUAUAUUUUUCAGCUUUAGAGACUAUAGACAGAGGUAACUACAGUUGUAAUGUUAUGAGUAAAGUUUCUGAUGCUGGACGAAAUGGACCUUUCUUUCCCCUACUUGUUUAUCCAAAUUCAGAUUACCAGCAACUAAAGUUUCCUAAUAAUUUUCCAAAAGUUUUCCCUGAAGCACCAGUUGUUGGUCAGGAAGUACGCUUAGAAUGUGUUUCAUUUGGAUACCCUGUUCCAUCAUAUAAUUGGACAAGAAAAAAUGGGGGCAUUCCUAAAAAAUCAUACCUAAGCAAUUAUGACCGUGUCCUAACAAUACCUAAUGUUGAUGUUGAAGAUGAAGGUGAGUACAUUUGUGAUGUUCGCAAUGACAGGGCACGUAUCUCCAACAGUGUUUUUCUCAAAGUACAAGCUGAACCCAAUUUUACAAUUCCCUUAACAAAUAAACAUGUUGAUAAUAAAGGUGAUUUACACUGGAAUUGUGAAGCAUUUGGUAUCCCUGAUGUCAAUUAUACUUGGUGGAAAAACAAUAAAAAAUUAUCCAUGGAUACUUUGGAAACUGAAGAUAGAGACCGAUAUGUAAUACAAGAUAAUGUGUUAAUCGUUAAAUAUUUAGAUCCAGCAAGGGAUCCUGGCAUGUAUCAAUGUGAAGCGCGUAAUCAAUUAAAAACUAAAUACUCUACAGGUCAGUUGCGCGUAUUGUCUCUUAAACCGUCAUUUAAAAAGCGACCGCUUGAAUCCGAAACGUACGGAUCAGAAGGCGGAAAUGUCACUCUUCGAUGUAAUCCAGAAGCAGCUCCAAAACCAACAUUUAUUUGGAAAAAAGAUAAUAUUGUAAUUGGAGCUGGAGGUAAACGAUUUAUUGCUGAGAAUGGAAAUCUAAUUAUACGACAAUUAUCGCGAGAUGAUGAGGGUGUUUAUACUUGCGUUGCGAAGAAUCAAUAUGGCUCGGAUGAAAGUCGUGGUCGUCUCAUAGUGUUGCGUGCACCACGUUUCCUAGAACGGAUGCCACCGCGCAUAACUACGCAGGUUGGAAACGUAAUUUUCUUGCAUUGCAACGCAGAAAUCGAUUCACUUUUGGAUACCGCCUAUCUUUGGAAUCACAAUGGAAUCAGAAUGAAAGACGCAACUGAUCUUUAUGCCGACAAACGAAUAAAGAUCGAUGGAGGGGAAUUGACAAUUUUUGACGUUAGUCUAUCAGAUGUUGGUGAAUAUGAGUGUAUUGUGAAAUCCGCAAUAGGUAAAAUCUCAUCUCGUACACAGCUGCGCAUCGAGGGUCCGCCUGGACCACCCGGGGGCUUACAGGUUAUUAAUAUUCAAAGAUCUUCUGUUACUCUGGAAUGGACCGAUAGCAAUCCAAAUGGUCGUCCUAUAACUAAUUACGUUAUAUCUGGUCGCACUCAGUGGAAUUCAACAUGGUAUGUUAUAAGUGAUAAUGUAGCAAAUGUGAUGGAAAUUGAUAGAUAUAAUAGAAGGAAACGUGCUACGCUAACGACAGAACUUAUGCCAUGGUCUGUAUACGAAUUUCGGGUGCAAGCUGUCAACAGCUUAGGCGUAGGAAAAUCUUCGUCGCCAAGCCCUCAAUUCUCCACUCAACCUGACAAGCCAAACCAAGCUCCAUCUAACGUUGGAGGUGGAGGUGGAAAAAUGGGUGAUCUCACCAUUAAGUGGACUCCAUUACCGCCAUCGUUACAAAACGGCCCUGGUAUUCAUUAUAAAAUAUUUUGGCGCAGAAAUAACUCUGAAGUUGAGUUCCAGUCACUUUUGUUGAAAGAGUAUGGCAAUGUAGGAAUGCAUGUCGUCCACAUUCCCGGGGAAUACUUUUACACGCCCUACAAUGUAAAAGUACAGGCUUUUAACGAUAUCGGUGCCGGUCCAGAGAGUGAAGUAGUUACUAUUUAUUCUGCUGAAGAUAUGCCACAAGUUGCUCCACAACAAGUCUAUGCGCGGUCAUUCAAUUCUACAGCUCUCAAUGUCACUUGGAAUCCCAUUGAUCAAUCCCGAGAAAGAUUGAAAGGCAAACUAAUAGGUCACCGACUUAAAUAUUGGAAAGAGUCUAACAAAGAGGAGGAGUGUAUAUACUAUUUGUCCAGGUCAACACGCAAUUGGGCACUCAUAGUGGGAUUACAACCUGAUACCUAUUAUGUUGUUAAGGUAAUGGCGUUUAACUCAGCUGGUGAAGGUCCAGAGAGUGAACGUCACGUCGAACGUACAUUCCGUAAGGCGCCACAAAAGCCGCCGGCCUCAGUCAACGUGUGGGCCGUCAACCCAAGCACUGUUCGUGUUGUUUGGAGAUAUGUUCAACCUACUGAUGAAGAAGAACCUCUUAUUGGUUAUAAGGUAAGAGUUUGGGAAAUCGACCAAGAUAUGAGCACUGCAAAUGACACCCUGGUGCCAGUGGAACACAAGUUGGAAGCAUAUGUCACUAACUUGACACCGGGCAAGUCGUACAAUCUCAGAGUACUAGCAUAUUCUAACGGAGGUGAUGGCAGGAUGUCAUCUCCACCUAUAACCUUCCAGAUGGGGGACUAUCACAGUGAUGCAUAUGGUUAUUAUCCCGGAGUUGGGAAGUUAGGCGGUGCAGUUAGCCCCGUGCCUCGGGGAGUACGUAAAGCCGUAGCCCUGAUCUCUCACCGCGAGAGACGAAGAGUCGUCCCACCGGAG